CCAAGAUGGCGGCCGAUGUGUCCGUUACUCAUCGGCCCCAGUUGAGCCCGGAGCCUGGGGCCGAGGCUGAAGCCACCGAGACCGCAGAGCGCCGGACGCCCGAAGAGCUGCCGCCGCUAGAUCCGGAAGAGAUCCGGAAACGCCUGGAACACACCGAACGACAGUUUCGUAACCGCCGCAAGAUACUGAUUCGGGGCCUCCCAGGGGACGUGACCAACCAGGAAGUACACGACCUACUCAGUGACUAUGAGCUCAAGUACUGUUUUGUGGACAAGUACAAAGGGACAGCUUUCGUGACCCUGCUGAAUGGGGAGCAGGCCGAGGCAGCCAUCAACGCCUUCCACCAGAGCCACCUGCGGGAUCGCGAGCUGUCAGUGCAGCUGCAGCCCACGGAUGCGCUGCUGUGUGUGGCCAACCUGCCCCCAAGCCUCACGCAGGCUCAGUUUGAAGAGCUAGUUCGGCCCUUUGGCAGCCUGGAGCGCUGCUUCCUAGUCUACAGUGAGCACACCGGCCAAUCCAAGGGCUAUGGCUUCGCUGAAUACAUGAAAAAGGACUCGGCUGCCCGUGCCAAGUCGGACCUGCUGGGCAAGCCACUGGGCCCGCGUACACUGUACGUGCACUGGACAGAUGCGGGCCAGCUUACGCCGGCCCUGCUGCAUUCGCGCUGCCUCUGUGUGGACCGCCUCCCCCCCGGCUUCAGUGACGUGGACACCCUGCGCCAGGCGCUGUCAGCCGUGCACUCGCCCACCUUUUGCCAGCUACUCUGGACCCAACUGGAAUUCACUCAGUUACCUGGUCCUCUGGUAUGGAGCCUAAGGAACAGGGCCACGACCCACUGCAGGUUCUCUGCAUGGUUUCCCCAUCUUGAAAUGAGGCUGGCUUGCGGCCAGGACGGGCAGCUGAAGGGCUUCGCAGUGCUGGAGUACGAGACUGCUGAGAUGGCUGAGGCGGCACAGCAGCGGGCUGACGGCCUGGCCCUGGGGGACAGCCACCUCCGUGUGUCCUUCUGCGCCCCCGGGCCCCCUGGCCGCAGCAUGCUGGCUGCGCUCAUUGCUGCCCAGGCCACGGCCCUCAACCGUGGCAAGGGGCUCCUGCCUGAGCCUAACAUUCUGCAACUGCUCAACAACCUGGGCCCAUCCGCCUCCCUGCAGCUGCUCCUCAACCCUCUGCUCCACAGCAGUGUGGGAGGCAAGCAGGGCCUCCUGGGUGCCCCCCCAGCCAUGCCACUGCUCAGCGGGCCAGCCCUGUCCACAGCGUUGCUGCAGCUCGCCCUGCAGGCCCAGAGCCAUAAGAAGCCUGGGAUCCUGGGAGACUCGCCCCUGGGCCCCCUCCAGGCUGGGCCCCAGCCAGCCAACCCCCUCCUCGGGGACCUGUCAGCAGGGGGGACCCUCGCCCCAGAGCUGCCACCUCGGCGAGGAAAGCCACCACCCCUGCUGCCACCUCUGCUGGGCCCCUCUGGGGGUGACCGGGAGCCCAUGGGCCUGGGUCCCACAGCAGCCCAGCUCACCCCACCCCCUGCCCCUGUGGGGAUCCGAGGCCCAGGUCUGAGGGGCCUGCAGAAGGACAGUGGGCCCCUCCCCACACCCACCGGGGUCUCACUGCUGGGGGAACCCCCCAAGGACUACCGGAUCCCCCUGAAUCCCUACCUAAACCUGCACAGCCUGCUCCCAGCUACCAACCUGGCUGGCAAGGAAGCCCGGGGCUGGGGGUGUGCCACGAGAGGCCGCCACCAGGCCGAGGGGGCCCUGCCCAACCCCCCAGCCCCAGGUGGAGGCUCUGGCACAGGUGGCAGUGGCAGCAAAGCCUUCCCACUUAAGUCCCGCCUCCUCAGCCCCCUUGCUGGUUCCCGCCUGCCCCCCGAGCCCGGGCUGCCCGACAGCUACGGCUUUGACUACCCCUCGGACGUGGGACCUCGGCGGCUCUUCUCCCACCCCCGGGAGCCAGCCCUAGGGCCUCACGGACCCAGUCGACACAAGAUGUCCCCUCCACCCAGUGGCUUCAGCGAGCGGAGUGGAGGAGGCGGGCCUCUCUCUCACUUCUACUCGGGCUCACCCACCUCCUACUUCACCAGUGGCCUGCAGGCUGGCCUCAAGCAGAGUCACCUCAACAAAGCAGUUGGCUCCUCCCCACUGGGCUCCAGUGAGGGGCUCCUGGGCCUUAGCCCAGGGCCCAAUGGCCACAGCCACCUGCUGAAGACCCCCCUGGGUGGCCAGAAACGAAGCUUUGCCCACCUGCUGCCCUCACCUGAGCCCAGCCCGGAGGGCAGCUACGUGGGCCAGCACUCCCAGGGCCUUGGCGGCCACUACGCAGACUCCUACCUGAAGCGGAAGAGGAUUUUUUAAGGGGCACUUUGGGGCUUUCUGGUGUUUUGUGGUUGUUUUUGUUUUUGUUUUUGUUUUUUAAAUUUUCCUUAUUUUGGGUAAUAGAGAAAUCUCUGAAAGACUUUGCUGACCAACUAGCCAGAGCCCAAAGAGUAUGGGGGUGCCCGGCGCUCUGCACCUCCAGCCUGCUCUGGGUGUGGGAACCCACAGCCUUAAGAGAGAGGGGCCGGGCCUGCUCUCUCCCCACCUGCUCCUGUCCUUGCCUGGGCCUGGCUCUUUCUCGGGGUCCCCUCCUGCCUUGUCACUCCUGUUUUGGCCUUUUGAGUGCCUUGGAGGUUUCCCUGACCUCCCAUGAGGAUCAGAGACUGUCCCCCUGCUGCCUUUUUAACUCUUGACAGUUGACUUUGUUUCCUUUUCUAAUUUUUAUUAUUUUUUAAGCCAUCCCAGAUGACCCCACAGCUCUGAUUCCUUCAAGGUCCUGCCUCUCCAGGCCUCCAUUCCACACUUCUGAUUCCAACUGCCUCAGCCCUCUCCUUUCUCCCAGUCUGCUGCAGUCAUGGCAUCUCUUGCCACUACCUGCCUACUCUAGCCAGUACCCCACCCUGUCCCCUGCUCCCUGCCACAGCCUCCUGGCCUUCUGAUGCCUUAACGUUGGCCUGCAGGCCUCACUGGCCAGAGCUUCUCAGACGCCAAGCCCUGCAAGCUUGACUCAGGACCAAACAGCUCUGGCCUCAGGCUUGGGCCCCUCCACCUGGGGACUCCACCCUGGGGACAGUAGAAGGCCGAAGCCUCGGUCUUGGCACACCUCCCCCCCCCCCCCCCCCCCCAUCCCACCCAGUCCACCCAGGCCUAGGUACAGAGACAGGCGUUCUCAGCUGGCUUCAGCCAGUCCCUGCUGUCUGUCUGGGAGUUGGCCUUGUGCUAUCUCACUGAGCCUCUGCUGUCUCCCCAUGAAAAUGUGCCCCAACCCCCUCAGGCCUGAUCGAAGAUCCGCGUCCUGGCCUUCUUCCAGCCCGGUUCCGGAAACCAACAACUCCUUGCAGAUAGGGCCUGCCCACAAGCAGGACCUGUCCAUCUGGGGUGAUCCUGGACCCCACCCCCAGCCACCAGCUCCCCUCUCCUGAUUCUAGGGCCCACGUCCAUUCCAGGGUUUGCCCUCCCCAUCUUCCCACACAGGCCUUUGCUGAAUUAAAGUUUGUAAGUAAAUGGUUUUAAAGAAGUAA